AUGUCUUCCAACGCCUUUUCUGUCACUCUCCCUUCAUCCUGGUACACGAGCAAGGGCAUUGGGGAGUUGGAGAAACGAGCAAUAUUUUUCGAGUCGUGGAUUUUACUUGGGGCUGUCACCAAAUAUCCUCAGAAAGGCGUCGAUUAUAAAAAUGAACUUUGCCAGGUGGAUUUCACAGUACGCCGUUCUGAAGAUGACUGGCAAUCUCUGAAGGUUUUUCGCGACAGCGAUGGCUCCGAGAUGCGUAGUCAUUUGACCAAGACGGGAAUGCUAUUCUUCACAAUGUCCAAAAAGACAGUCUCAUUCGAGGAAUACUUUCCUGGCUUGGAGGCUUUGCUUGAACGCGUCGACUUCACUCGUCUUGGUCUGAGGCGACCUCUCAAGUACCAUAGCAACAACAACUGGAAGGCUACAGUGGAUGCUUACCAGGAAUGCCUUCACUGCGCAUACGCACACCCUGAAUUUGCCCAAGAGUUCAAACCCUCAGUAUACAAAGUCACUGAGUACCAUAACUAUUCGCAGCACAUCGCAGAUGCCACGUCAGGUGGCGACACUGGCCUGUUCCUCUAUCUGUUUCCCAAUUGUACACUCAGCUUGUACGCUGGUGGUCUCACAUGCUGGCGUACGAGUCCGACUGAGGAGCCUGGCAAGGCCAGAAUGGAGUUUGACUAUUACCACGAGCAGCCUGAGGGAUCACCAGUUUUCGAAGAAUGGUACAGAUUCACUCGCAAUGUUGCCUUGGAAGACAUUGAACUCUGUGAGAAGUCGCAGGCCAACCACAAUAUUGGGGUCUACAACAGCGGAUUUCUAAACCCUGAGAAGGAGAACGGUGUUGUUUACUUCCACAACCGUGUUUUCGAGUUAUGCAAUGAACAGUAUGAGAUGGAGGCAGGCAAGGAAGUCCAGGCAACUGCUUAG